AGCGGUUCGAGGAAGUAAAAUAUUAUCGUCUCGGUAAAUCGCUGAUAAAAAGCUGUACUUUUGGUAUUUCCAACUGUAAGAAUACUCGUGACGAUUUCCAGUAAUGCUAUAGAAGUGGGAAAGCAACAUUUCAACUUUUGAUUUAGACGUAGUCGACUUGAAUUUAGAGAUCUCCCAUUGACUGAGUGAUCUUCCAUAUUCUUGUCGUCCCACAGAACAAUGGCGACAAGCUACACGGUGCAGGAUUCACCCCGGCACCCUCCUCUACAGAGGCAGAAAAGUCGCUUCAGAGAUGUGAGCAGUUCAUUUGCCUCCGCAACUAAAAAUUUCUUCGGUCUUGGCGAUGAGGACUGCAGAACAUCGGAGAGAUGGAACAACAGGAGAAUGCGACUCUGUAGCAAACCCACACUAGGGGGAGCCAGUGGUGUCAAAGAUGAGUAUAUCAAGACAACAGCGGACCUUGAUGACGUUGAUGGGAUUCAUAUUCGUGAUCCUUUGAGAUCACCCCUUCAGACAGGUCGACCAGGGGAAACAAUGCGUAUGAUGUCUACAGCAAGCUCAAUGAGUAGACGCUCAGGUAGACGCACCCCUAGGAAUUUAAAACGCAAGGAUUCUGUCCUGAGAAUGGCUGUAGACGGGUUGAGAGGGUCCAGACGUGUGAAACGACGUAGCACAUUUAUGCACAGUCGCACAUUUGCUCCAGGCGCCAUUGUUGAUGACGAUGAAGGACAUGACGUGUCUGCGCUACAGGCAACCUGGGCUUCAGCUGAUUGGAGUAUUUGGUCUCAGACACCAGCAAUACAAGAAGAUGAUGUAUUCUUCGAUAUGCAGACACCAUCUAGUGAUAAAACUGGAAUGUCGUUGUCAAGGUUACCGUCAGUGUUUGAAACGCCAAAAUCUACUCGUAAAAUGGAAGUUCAUCCAACAGAGUCUGCCCCCAUACCAGUGGCUCCACCUGCAGAGGGUGUACCACCCAUGGAAGAAAAGCCUGUUGCUGGGGGAUGGAGAAAACGACCAGAACUGGAUAUGGCUAAACCAGAGGCAGGAAUGGACGAAGUAGAUGGGCUAGGAAUGAGACGUAUAGCAGCAAAUGUUUUAGACGCUACCCUUGAUAACUCUGAUAGACGGGAAUAUGCAAUGGGAUUUGUCGGCAGGGUAUUUAAUCGUUCGUUCAAAAGAGAUCGGAUGAGUACUGAUGUUAAAAAGCAGAUUGAUGAAAUGGAUGAUCACAGGCCAUACUUUACAUAUUGGGUGACAUUUGUUCAGGUCGUGAUCUACAUUGUGUCUGUCUCCGUAUAUGGUAUUGCGCCAAUAGGCUUCGGGGAAACUCAGAGGGAGGCCACGGUGAUGAAGUCGAGUGUAACACUAGAACAAGUAUCUUAUUUUGAGCCAGACAACUUCUGGAUUGGACCACGCCAGGCUGAUUUGAUUCAUCUAGGAGCCAAGUACUCCCCUUGUAUGAGGCCUGACACACAUGUAGUGAACGCAAUAGCGUAUGAUAGGAACAAAGAGAAUAAUACGGCAUGCUGUAUACGGAAUGAUGGAUCGGGUUGUGUUCAGUCCUCUAGAGCUGGCUGUUCAGAAACACUGUCCACAUUCAAAAAAUGGGAUAGCAGUGACAUGGGAUAUCAAAAUAGAGUGUCAGGCUCUGUCUGUGGGCAGGACCCAAAGUAUUGUAAAGACCCGUCGUCAGUUCCACCAUUUGCAUGGGAUGAUGACAUCACUACCUGGCCGAUCUGUAAAGAAAAGCUGAAUAUGACAGUCUCUAAGGAGGACACUCACAUGAGUUGUGAGGUAGUGGGCCACCCUUGUUGUACAGGAAUACAGGGAGAGUGUUCUAUAACAACUAGAGAGCAUUGUGAAUUCAUGAAGGGUUACUUCCAUGAGGAGGCAUUUCUUUGUUCACAGGUAAACUGUCUCAGUGAGAUAUGUGGCAUGAUAGCAUUUGGUGACCCCAACAAGCCUGACCAGUUCUACAGACUCUGGACAUCUUUGUUCCUUCACGCAGGGUUAUUUCAUCUCGUACUUUCAAUAUUGUUCCAAAUCUUCAUAAUGCGAGACAUGGAAAAAAUGGCUGGCUGUAUCAGGAUAGCGAUCAUUUACACGCUGAGUGGUAUUGCGGGAAACCUAGCAAGUGCCAUCUUUCUUCCAUACCAAGUAGAGGCUGGCCCUGCAGGCUCUCAGUUUGCCAUUCUGACUGGCCUCUAUGUGGAAGUGAUUCAAAGCUGGCAGAUCUUAUCCAGACCCUGGAUGGCCAUCGGCAAAUUGAUAGCAUUCACGGUGGUGCUAUUUUUGCUCGGUUUUCUCCCCUGGAUUGACAAUUACUCACAUUUAGUAGGAUUUGUGUUCGGUUUCCUGUUAUCAUUUGCGCUAUUUCCAUAUAUAAGCUUCGGAGAGUUCGAUCGCAAGCGUAAAUUGAUAAGUAUUAUUGUGUGUUUAGUGGCGGCUGUUGGACUAUUAGUAGUGUUAUUUAUAUUAUUUUAUGUUGCGCCUAUAUAUGAAUGUACCUGGUGCCAAUACUUCAACUGCAUUCCGUUUACACCUAAGUUCUGUAAAAAUAUGGAAAUCAAUAUCAGGAGAACUACUGAAUUGUAGAAUAUGUUAACGACUGUGGAUAAGGAGAAAGGAUGUUGAUCAUGAAAGCAGCUGUUGGUUUCAAAAGAAAGCAGCUGUAGAUUAAGAGUACAGAUGUUGAUCAUGCUAUGGAUUCGUAUCGGUUUCUUGGAGUUCAUUUAAGCAAUAUUAUUUUAUUAUAGAAAUAAACUAAAGGGAUUUGAGAUAGCCUCAUUAUAUGAAAAUUGUGAACAUAUCUUCGAUUCAGUAUUCAAUAUGAUUAAUUUUAUCAUCAUAUUGAUUUAGAUUAAAAUGACAUUGUCACAUUCAUUGUAAAUAUCAUUUAUGUAUAUAUUGUAGAACAGGAUAGUUAUUGUUGUUAUGGUGUUUUAUCACUCAUAUAUUGUAGUUAUUUUGUACUAAAUGUUAUCUAUAUUUAACUAUACAUGUAUGGGUACUAUACAUGUAUGUGUACUGUACAUGUAUGUGUACUAUACAUGUAUUGUGUUAUGUACAUGUAUGUGUACUGUAUAUCUAUGUCUACUGUACAUGUCUAUACAAUUGAGUGGCUUGUUGUAGAUCUGAAUCUGGGUAUGCAAAUUAAAGUUUAGCUCAGAAAUGAUUCCAUAUUUAUGGUGUAUUUUCUAUACUAUUGAGUGGGCAGUGUAGUUUGGUCUAGAAAUAGCUAAAAUUACUGAAUAAGUCAAACAUGGCUCAGAAUUGCAUUACGUAAUUUUUAAAGGUAAAUCAAAACAUGGUUUUUCAAGAGGGUUGAAUGUUACACAUUCAGAAUAAGUUCCUCAGUGUAAAUAAAAUUAAUAUUCUAUGGGGCCUGAGGAUGUUAGUCGAUAAUCAACUUAUUAUAUCAAAUUAUAUAUCUGUAACUAACGAGUCAGAAAAUGAAAUUAAACCACCGUAUUCUCUCUAAUGAGUGCAGAGAGUGCAAAUGCGAUUUUUAUGUUGAAUAUGGUCUC